GGGACAAUUUAGGUGGAGAUCAACAUAUUUGAAUUAGCAAUGUAUAUGUGUAUGUAUGGUGUCAGUGUGGGCGGGGUCCUGACUGUUUUCUUAGGUAGCCUGUUAAAAUGCCCGAACUCAAAACACUUCUUUUUCCAAGAUGGCGUCGAUGAAGGACAGCGACACCGGCCUGUGGCUUCACAACAAACUGGGCUCCACGGACGAGCUGUGGACGCCGCCGAGCAUCGCCUCUCUCCUCACCGUGUCCGUCAUCGACAACAUUCGCCUGUGUUUCUCCAGUUUAUCGCCGCCGGUGAAGCUGAAGCUGCUGCUCGGGAUGCUGCAUCUGCCCCGGCGGACCGUGGACGAGAUGAAGGAGGCCCUGUCGGAGAUCAUUCAGCUGGCUACGGUGGAUUCGGAGCCCUGGGUGCUGAUGGUUGCAGACAUCCUCAAGUCCUUCCCAGAGACCGGCUCUCUCAACCUGGACCUGGAGGAGCAGAAUCCAAAUGUGCAGGAUAUUCUCGGAGAGCUUCGGGAGAAAGUGGGCGAGUGCGAGGCGUCGGCCAUGCUUCCUCUGGAGUGCCAGUACCUGAACAAGAGUGCAUUAACCACUCUGGUCGGACCCCUUACGCCCCCCGUUAAACAUUUCCAGCUGAAGAGGAAGCCCAAGAGUGCAACUCUCAGAGCAGAGCUGCUGCAGAAAUCCACAGAGACAGCCCAACAGCUGAAAAAGACAGCCGGAGUGCCUUUUCACGCCAAAGGGAGGGGAUUGGUCAAAAAGAUUGACACUACGACUCCUCUCAAGGGGAUUCCCAAGGCCCCGUUCCGCAGCCCCACUGCCCCCAGUAUGUUCAGCCCUCCCAGUAACCGCACGCCUAUCGCCCCUGCACGGACGCCCCUGCGGAAGGAGAGGGGGGUCAAGCUGUUAGAUAUUUCAGAGCUGGAUAUGGUCGGAGCUGGAAGAGAAGCGAAGAGGAGAAGAAAGACUUUGGAAACGGAGGCCGGGGAGAAAGCAGCCAAAGAAGAAGCAGCAGCAGCAGUGGUGGAAAACACCACCCCCGACUACGCUGCAGGCCUCGUUUCAGCACAGAAACUGGGGGCUUUAAACGAGAAUCCUCUGCCCUCGACCAGCUACCUACCAGCCACACCCAGCAUGGUUCCCUCCUCCUCUUACAUUCCCAGCUCCGAAGCCCAGCCAGCGAACGCUGGUGGUUCGGGUCGCGACACGCUGCAGUCGGCUCGCCAGCCAGAGGAGUCAGCGACAGCGGGCGCCGGCGCCACCGCCACCUUACCGGGCCAGUACAAACAGAGGACGCCAAUGUACAACGCCAGCAACACGGCCAACCCCGCCACGCCCACCUCCCCCAGCACGCCAGCCUCCACCCCCGCCAGCAACGGGCCCCCAGCAGCCGCCACCGCCAGCCAGCCGGAGACCCCCACCCAGCCUCCCAGCACGCCUCAGACCCCCACCCCCACACCGACCCCCACGCCGCCGCAGCCCCAGCCCAAAAAGAACCUGUCGCUCACGAGAGACCAGAUGUACGCGGCCCAGGAGAUGUUCAAGACGGCCAACAAGGUCACCAGACCAGAGAAGGCCCUGAUCCUGGGCUUCAUGGCCGGAUCCAGAGAGAACCCGUGCCCGGAGCAGGGGGACAUCAUCCAGAUCAAGCUGAGCGAACACACCGAGGUCCUUCCCAAAGCCGACGGCACCGGCAGCACCACCAUGCUGGUGGACACCGUCUUCGAAAUGAACUACUCCACAGGACAGUGGACCCGCCUCAAGAAAUACAAACCCAUCACCAACACCUCCUGAGGAGCCUCCUCCCACUCACACACCCACCAUUUCUUAUCCACUUCAGAGAAAAAAAACAGAAACAUGUUUACACACAAGUAUUUGCGUACACAUUUGGGCCAAAUCAAGCACUGGGCUGGUGAGAAGGAGAGAACGGUCCUCCCUGCUCCUGCACCGCCAAACAGCAGGACUCUUUGAAGAAUAUUUCUGUACUUUUCCUUUGGUUGUUUCCCCCUUUUAUUGUUUCAGUUUUUAAGUCCCCUCUGAUUCCUGAAUGCUGCUGUGGUCAGGAGGGGAGGAGCUCCUCUCACCGCAGGCACCUUCAACAUUUGUGCCCUCCGAGGUACAAGCAUGUCACGUGUCAAGAAAGAAGACGAGCCGUCUGUAUUUUUCUGUAUGAAUGUCACAUUUGCAGCUUAUCUUCGACCUUUGAGAACAGAAUCAUGGUUGGCAACAAAAAAAAGAAAAAAGAGAUGGAACCAUAAUAACGACGGUCAUCAUUAGAGGUGACCUAAAAAAAAAGAAAAGAGCGA